GAUGCGACAGCCGGAGCCUCCGGGAACCGCCGUGUCUACCUGACCUCUCACCCCAUCUCGUCCCGAUCUGCAGCAGGAAAAAGUGAAGCUUACUGGAAUGGGUUCAGACCACCCCUGAGUCUGUUCAGCAUUUGGACCGUUACUUCGGUGCACAAUGAACUGGGCGUUCCUCCAGGGCCUCCUCAGUGGGGUCAACAAGUACUCCACGGCAUUCGGCCGCAUCUGGCUCUCCGUGGUCUUCAUCUUCCGGGUCCUGGUGUUCGUGGUGGCGGCCGAGAAGGUGUGGAGCGACGAGCAGAGCAACUUCAAGUGCAACACGCUACAGCCUGGCUGCCUCAAUGUCUGCUACGACGAGUUCUUCCCAGUGCUGCACACGCGCCUGUGGGCCCUGCAGCUCAUCUUUGUCACCUGUCCCUCGCUGCUGGUGGUGCUGCACGUCGCGUACCGCAUGGACCGCGAGCACAAGCACACGCUCAAGUACGGCGAGGGCUGCACCCACCUCUACGCCGAUGCCAACAAGAAGCGAGGCGGCCUGUGGUGGACCUACCUCCUGAGCCUCGUCUUUAAGGUAGCAGUGGACGCCGUCUUCAUUUUCCUGGUCUGGUACAUCUACAAGGUCAAGUUCUUCCCCCUGCUGGUCGUGUGUGACGAGAGUCCCUGCCCCCCCAACGUCCACUGCUACAUCUCCAGACCGACAGAGAAACGCAUCUUCACCAUUUUUAUGGUAGUCACCAGCUUCAUUUGCAUCCUGCUCACCCUCUGUGAGAUCGUCUACCUGGUGGGGAAGCGCUGCUUCGAGUGCCUCUCGAAAAAUCGACGCAGGCAUCCCUUCACCAUGCCCACCUUCCCGGCCAGCAAGGACCACAAACACUUCGAGUCCGAGGAGCUGAAGGUUGCCAACCACAGCGCUGUGGAGGCCUCGGCUCCUGUCUGUAGCACAGCUGUCACCAAAAUUUAGCCAGUGACUUUCAGAAUGAUUCUAAGCCAGCUGAAGGGUUCUGUCUACAGCAGACAAGGGACGAGAUCCUUGAUCGUUCCUCUGUUUUGUUAUGUCUAUAAAGCCAAGUGGUCUCAGAGUAACAGUGGAGAUAAAACAAUGGUACAGUAUGAAUGGUCACAGAUUUUUCGCUUUGUAUAGGGUUUUGUAUCUAGUGUCACUGUUUCAGUUUUUUUUCAUACAUCACAUAGUUACGUUUUUCUUUAGAAGCUACAUAGGACAUUUAGGCUAUUUUCCACCGUAACCCUCACUUGGAUAAGCAGAACAGAAAAUGAAUGGAUUCCACAUUUGAUUAUUAAUUUUAAUUCAAUUUUCAUUUCGUAUAAUAACAUGAUUUGUUAUUUCCUGAAUGUUAACUGCUCUUUAACCAGUAGUCAUUCCUAUCAGAUCAAAUCUACAAAUAAAAUUUGCAGUUAGGCUUCUUUCAGCAGCAUGAUCUCUUCUUCUGCAGCAUUUCAGAGGUCGUCCUCCAGCACAGCAGCAGAACUCACCACCGCCAGCUGCCUUUCUUACUGUACUGCUGUACACGUGUGUUUCGUGAUGUUUUCUACUUACUGUCAUUUUCUAUUCCUUCAUAGGAUCUAGACAAUGGAUGAUAAUUGUUGGCAAACGAUUUACAUUAACUGCACAAGGUUUCGUCCUUCUAGGCAGUGUUUCCUUGCCAUUGUCGCCUUUGGCUUGCUCAGUGGGGGCUUUGGGCGGGGACAAUGUAAAGGGCAUUGAGACGAUGUAAUGCUGAGAAAAUGAACGACAUAAAUAAAUUUCAUUGAAUUUAACUGAACUUUCAUAAUGCCUUUACAAUGCAUUUAUAGAUCAUUCAAUGCACUUUCAUAAUGCCUUCAUAAUGCAUUCAUAGAACAUUCAUAUGCAGCAUGUAAAUAUAUACCUUAACAUCCUAAUAUACCUUAACAUCCUAACACACUUUAACAGAUUUAAUAUACAUUAGUAACAAACAUUAUAUGAUAAUAACAAACAUUACAAUUGUAUAAUGUUUGUUACUAAUGUAUAUUAAUGCAGUUAAGCUAU